CAGACUCGACUAUGGCGGGCGUAGAAAACCAAACAACAGCCUAACAGAUUCUCCAGUGAAUCCGAGACUUCCGUUGAAGGCACAUUGGCCAAGUAACGACUUUUAAAGUACACUCGGGACUUUUGGAUCCGUUGAUCGUUUUACAUUAGGAUCAGUUCGAUUUUGGUGAACAAUUACAACACAUACCGGAGCUCAGUAAAGUUAUUUUCGAAAAACGGUGGCCGUGUGGGUGUAGCUUCAAAGGUACUAGCUUUUGUGGACUAAUAUAAUAUCCAGUCGCCCGCAAGAAGGCGGCUUAAAGAAUUUUAGGAGGACCGGAGUCAAGAUCGUGAUCUAUUUUCGAUAAUAGUUGGAUAUAAGUGACUUUCAGUGAUUGACUAUUUCUUCCUUCACAGUCGGUCAAAGACGUGAAAAAGACAAGAAUUCUUUUGAUCCAAGACAAAUUCGAAAUAUCGUCCCAUCAAUUAUAUGGGAAGCACAUCGACGGAAUAUUAAUUUGAAUGGUUAACGUGUGUAAGUUGAGUAGUGAUCGGCCUUUUGUAUAGUGUCGGCGCGGUACUUUGCAUUUUUGGAGGUUGAAGCCGAAUUUGAAUUUUGAUUAAGCUGAUUUCGUUAAUUAUAUUUGCACUGCAACAAUAAAGAUGUCGAACGCAGUCGGUAGUGUGGCAAAAUUAUGCCUGCUAACACUUCAGGUCAUGCAAUGGACGACGCAGCCAACGCACGGACACGGACGACUCAUGGAUCCACCGUCGAGGAAUGCCAUGUGGAGAUUUGGCUAUCCGAAUCCAGUUAACUAUAACGACAACGAACUGUUUUGCGGAGGUUAUGCGGUCCAAUGGGAGCAGAAUGGAGGCCAGUGUGGAGUCUGCGGAGAUGCUUACCAUCUGCAAACACCACGACCGCAUGAGGCUGGAGGCGAGUUCGCCAAAGGCAUCAUAUCACGAUAUUACACAUCUGGACAGGAAAUCGAAGUGGAGGUGGAACUGACUGCAAAUCAUUAUGGUCGUUUUGAAAUGUUCCUAUGUCCAAAUAACAAUCCUUAUUACGAAGCAACGCAAGAGUGCUUCGACCAAUACCCUCUCUUUAUUUCGGGUACUCGUGAAGUUCGUUACUCAAUACCUCAUGCUGCUAAGAAGAAGGAUAUCUUCCGUUACCGCGUUCGUCUUCCUCCGUACGUAACCUGCACUCAGUGUGUCUUACAAUGGACUUACUACACCGCCAACAUGUGGGGAACCUGCGCCAAUGGAACUGAAGCUGUGGGAUGCGGAAAAGCUGAAACUUUCAGAAAUUGUGCUGAUAUUGCCAUCGUAUCAAACACUGGGGGUCUCCCUCCAGCAUUCGUUUCCAGCAGUCCAUCGCCGUACCUACUCUACUACAGAGACUACCGUGCACCUUCCCCGCACAAUAUCUUUCCCCUGGUUAUCCGGGACCAGGUAUGCAUUCCAACCUCGCUCUUCCGAAGACUUCCUGGAAUGGAAUUCUGGUGUCAGACGAAUUGUUUACGGUAUCCACCAAACUGUCCGGAAACAGUAUGUCACUGCCCGCAAACGUGCGAAGCAAUUGGUGAACUUGCUGGUCGCGAAGGAGCCGACGUGUACUGUCUUGAUGCUUGCCUUAAUUAUCCUUCCAAAUGUCCGGCCGAUAGAUGUAGAUGUUACUAGAGUUUCUGGGUGAAGAUGGAAGAAAACCUCGUAUGGAAUCAACGCCUACAUAAAUCGAAAUUGCCAUUUUUUGUAUUUCAACGUCCUAUUCGAUUCUCUCGGCGAAGGAGAGGAACACCUAAUUAGUCUAAUGUGUACAAAAACGUAAUAUGCAAAAAUAAAUGACGAAGUUAUUUUAAUUUGUAGAA